AUGUCCACGGCUGUGGCCAUCCAAUCUUCCGCCCAUCGUCCUUCGCCCGUCGCCAUUCCCGCCAACCGCCCACGCCCUCCCACGAAACGCUCGUCCCCGUCCGGAAAGGAGAACAUCCCUCACGGCAAAUCAAAGUCGCAAUCCGCUGCCAAUUACAAGUCCGACGGCAACAACGCUAGGGCCCGCCGGGAACGGCCGUGUGACGCGUGCAGACGACGGAAGAGUCGUUGUGUAAUACACGAGGGCCAGAUCCUGUGUGUGCUGUGCGAGUUUCAUAAGCAGGACUGUACCUUUGUCCAGGACCCUCAGCCACGCAAGAGGAAGGUUCCCACCGAUGCCAAGGAGGAGACUGCGAAGAAAAGAUCAAGCGAGAUAUACUCUCCUGCCCUAGUAUCACAUACUCCGACCAUCACUCCGACCAUCACUCGUACCUCUCCGCCCGUUGCCCCCAGCCCGAUCCUGCUCACUACGUCUGCCCGGGACACCACUGCCCUCGGCGAGACUCUAGGCCUUCAGCGCAGACAGCAUAGUAAAUACAUCGGCCUCACCACCGCCUUCGACCCGCUCCUCAUCGGCCUGACCAAGUUCGACAAUCGCAACGAAAGCACUUUUGACCUUGGCACGCUCCGGAAGGUGAACGACCAUGAGUGUUUCAUCAUGCUUCCUGACGAUUCCACGCAACAAUAUGGCCAUGAUAUGGACACUCUGAACCAGAUCGAGCAGAUCGUCGCACCCCACGGUCCUGCCUUGCUAGAUAUCUUCUUCCGCAUCGUCCACCCCAGCUUCCCCAUCAUCCAAAAGGAACUCCUCCUCGAACGCUAUCGCAAUGGUGACCGGUCCUUCUCACCGCCCCUGAUGGCCGGAAUCUACAUCCUGGCUCUCAAUUGGUGGUCCCACGACCCCAGUCUCGCCCAAUACGUGAAGCCUGACGCCAGCCUCCUUGAGCCUAUCGCCACGAGAUCGCUGACUGCUGCAAUGGAGCGUCCCAAACUGUCAACCGUCCAAGCCGGCCUCCUUCUCCUCCAGCGACCUGGUGCUGACUCCUGGUCACUGACAACACAGCUCGUCGCCAUCGGCCAGGAACUCGGCCUCCACCUCGACUGCGCAAACUGGUCCAUUCCUGCCUGGGAGCGCGGGCUACGCAAGCGUAUCGCGUGGGCCCUGUACAUGCAAGACAAAUGGUCCUCCCUCAUCCACGGCCGCCCAAGCCACAUCUUCAGCGCAAACUGGGCCGUCCGCCCCAUCACAACCGAAGACUUCUACGAGCAAUCCGGCACCGCCGCCCAAACACUCGACGAAAGCCCGGAAGCCGACCAAGGCCGCGCCAUCUACUCCGAAAUGAUUGCCCUGACCGGCAUCAUGGCCGAAGUCAUGGACACCUUCUACACCCAAGUCGCCAUCGCCGACUUCGCCGCCGCCGGCCGCAACAGCACCCGCCUCAUCCUCGACCGCGCAAAGCCCGUCCAAAUCCGCCUCAAAGAAUGGUUCGCCAAACUGCCCGCCUGCACCCGCAUGGACGCCCCUGUUCCGUCCCCUUCUUCCUCCUCCUCCUCCUCCUCCUCCUCCUCCCCUUCCAGCGUAAGCCCCGCCGGCUUCCUCCACCUCGCCUACUUCGCCACCGAAAUCACCCUCCACCGCCGCAUCAUCCAAUCCCUCCCCACCACCCCCGACCCCUACCUCACCUACAUCUGCCGCAGCGCCGCAAAAACCCGCCUGAUCUCCGCCAUGGACUUUGUCAACCGCCUCAAGCCCGCCCACCUGCGCGCCUUCUGGCACUUUGCCGCCGCAAUCAACUUUACCCUCAUCGGCACCUUUGGCGCCCUCCUCCAGGCUACCGCCCCCGCCCGCGAGGAAGAAGCCUUUUAUAACCUCCGCUUGCGCGAGUAUCGCUGGACGCUCACUGUUAGUGCGCAGCGCGCGGAUUGGCUCGGUUUCGCCGUUCGUAUGCUCGAUGCUAGUCGGCAUAUGCUUAGGGGUGUCGCGGAGAAACCGGCUGUGGCGGAGGUUAGCUCCGUGGGGGUUCCGGGUCGGGCGGAGGGUCUUGCUCGUGGCGUUGGUGGUGGUGGUGGUGCUGGUGUGGACGACGCCGACGGGAAGUCUUCCCACGACCGUGACCGCGAUGUCGAAAUGCGUGAUGUCGAUGGUGCGCUGCGGCGGCUUGAUGCUUCUUCUUCUUCUUCAGCGUCUUCAGCUGCUGUUUCGAGGGCGGGCCCGAGUGUUAGUUUCGCGGGCUUUUCGAAUGAGGACUUGUAUGCUGUGCCGGCGCGGCGUGGUGGGCCGGGUGGGACUAUGCGGGGUAUGUUGGGGCAUGGGGGUGAGGAGGGCGAUGAGGGGGGGGAGGAGGAGGAUGAUGAUGAGGAUGAGGGUGAGGGUGAGGGUGAGGGUGAAGAGUAG